GCGCAAUCCCUUCUCGUUUCUUCGGAUCCCAACAAUCUUUAAUCUCGUAUACCUACCAAUCACUAACUUACCCUCACAUUUACCCUCUGUUCAGAACCCUGGAACGCUGCGCGCUUCUGCCUCGACCGAAGUCGUGUGCUGACAAUUCUGACACGUAAUACAGUCGACUACCUACAUCCGGGGUCUCAGCAUCGAUUUCCACUUGCUUGCAGGAGCAUUCCUGCGUAAGAAGGCAAUCGGUCACUUUCACUCUGCGCCAGCUCUCGUCAAUCCCUCGAACGUCGUUCCGUUUCCAUGUGCUACACUACGAAUCUUUCAUCAACACCUCUAAAACUCGAGGGGCCCCAAGCGCAAAGUAGAGCACAUGGCGGGCACGAGACGGCAGUCUCGGGCUCGUGAUACGACCAGUGCUCAUCAGCGCCAGCGCUUCACUUCUCGAGUAGGAGCAAUUGUUCCAGAGACUGCGACUACUGCAUCUUCAAAGGCGGUGGAGAUCGCUGGGAGCGCGGAUGAGGCAUCGCCGCGUUCCGAGAGGUCUCCACAACCUGAAACGCCAAUUAACCGGUCAACCACAGCGUUUUGCAAGAGUUGCGACGGCAAGAUCGGCGAGUUCUACAACUCGUGGCAUAGAGCCACUAGCAGCUACCACAGCCCUGCCCUGCUUGGGUCUUACAGAAGUCUUCUACGAAUAUCGGAUCAAAGCAAAGAGGUGUCAGACUCGACAGAAUUAGCAGGAUGUAUCAUAGACCUGACCUGCUGUCCAGGCUGCAGCAACUAUCUUGGCUUUGUAGUAGUCGACACACCUGCAGGUGGCACAAUAUUCCAUGGUCGUGAGUUCUUCAAGCUUCAGCACAUCGAAUUGCGAUGCGAGACGUCCUCAGGAAAAAUUAUUAAAGUAGAACCGCAAGAGAACGUAGCACCAGACCUUGUGGCUCGAGAGAGUACGCCGAGCUCAUCCCCAGCUCCACCCAGAUCUGGCACGGCUACGAUGGAGCUCGAUACUCAUCUAUCAUCCUCGCAUCCGCUCUGGGGUCAAUCUCCGCAUAAAGAGCCACAGCAUCAACGCCAACGAUCCCUGUCAAGGGAGCCCGCACGCCAAUCACUACCAUCGAAUUCAUCCUACCUCCUAUUAGCAGCAUCACGUUCUCCUGUUACCCACAACAUCGCAACUCCAGCUCCCGCUUCUACUACGAUACCCUCGCCGAGAUCUCCUCAAGCUGCGCAGCUGCAGUCUGCAAAUACACCCGGGAGCGCUGCUCCAACUUCCCAAUCGACGUCGACCGUCAAUGGUCUCAAGAAUGGGCACAGCUAUCCUCGGGAUCCGCAUAAAGUACAACUCGAUGCCAUCGAGCGUCUGCAAACACAGACUUCACAGAACACUAGUGCUCUGGCCGCACAAGCACGUACUCAGAUGGAGUCUGCUGACAUCGUCAGGCAGAUUGAAAGCAGUCUGCGCCAUGAGUUCAAGGGCCAACUGCAAAGGCAAGAUCAAGAGUUGAUGAGGAUGACUGACGUCGUCAAUCAACUGAGCCGGGAUCUGCAAGAGUGCCACCAAAACAUGAUGGCUUUGGUACAAGAGGUUCGCGCUAACAGAGCAGAGAGUGCGCGACGUCCCAGCGAAGUGGCGCAGCCAAGUUAUCAGGACGAGGCUCUCGAGCUCAUGGCUCGACGACUUGGUGACGUCAGUCAUAGGACCACCGAUCUUGAGACGAUGAGGGAACAUGUGACGAUAUUGAGUGGCAGGGUGCAGCGACUUGAGUCUGAGUCGCCGGGGACACGCCAGCAACAUCCGUCUCUGCACCAAGCGCAUCCGCUACACCAAUCUGUACACCAGUCUGCACACCCAGUUCAUGUUCCUCAUUCUGCCCCCUCACACCCCAGUCAGGCUCCGCAAUUUCAAACGCCUGCUCGGGCGACCUCGAUACCGCAGGCUGUUCAGCACCGUGAACAGCCUGCCACGGUGGCGCCUACUGAAAAUGCACAGAGGCACGAGCCUGCCCCUAUUCAUAAUGGGUGGGCCACUGUCAACGCUGGUGUCAAGCGGGUGUUUGAAAAUGGCAUGCAUAGCCCGCCGCAACGCGCAAGUCUAACGCCUGGGGACCCAAAACGCCCAAAACUGACUACAGGGGAUUCUAAUGAAGGUCCUGUCAUGACCCAGCAUCCUCCUGAACCAUCACAGAUUUUGCCAUCGCAAGCACAGUCUAUCAUUGCCUCGCAGCCGAUGGAACAACCAGGAUCGUACCCAGGCCCGCAUGUUGUGCCUCACCCAGGGGCGCAUCCGGCACCACCAUCAUCGCAGCCAUAUUUAUAUGGCACGCAAGGCAGCCCAGGAAAACAAAAUUGGCAUACUGACCCUCAACACAUGAUUGACGUGCGUCCAGCUCGUGGCAGAGGCUCCCGAGGCGGCCGAGGACCAGGGAGCAGGGGUGGCCGAACACGCAAAAGCAUGCAGGGGCAGCAUCAUGUGGGAACACCAGAAUGGGAACGCGGUUGGUCAGCCGUACCUGACUCGCAUGGUAGUCCGACCAGCCUUAAAGAUUAUCCUGCGCAUCCUGCCAGGGGCAUCGUGCGACGUGGCGGUGGCGGGGGAACAGUACGCGGUGGCGCAAUGUUGGGCGAGCGCUCAGGCGAGUGGACACCGGAGAUUGGACCGCGCAGCGUCUUUCAGGAUCACGACUCACCCAUCGAAGUCAAGAAGACUAGGUCUAAGCCAAUUAGGAACGAAGAGGGGAUUUUAGUUCGUAAAGAUGGCCGACCGGAUAGACGUUCACAGUCAUCCGCCGCAAAUCUGAGGAAAGUGCACGCGCGCAAGGAGGAGCAGCAGAGAGAAGCAGAAGCAGGAUCCACGCCGACCGGUCUCCACGCCUCGAUAUCCACAGGACCAGAUACGCCAAGCCCGACAGCGCGUGUCCACGCAGAGCCACAUCUCACGGAUAGUGUGCGCAAGAAGCAUAAUGCGAUCCUCGGACGAAUAUUCCCAGACGGCUUGGAUGAUUCUCGAAAGCAGCACGAUUACGCUCACCAAGUCUUCAACGAGGACCGCGAUCACACAGCUCACCCACGUACGCAGGUAUCGCGGACUUCCAAGGCACCCGCGCAGGUCAAGAAGGAGCAGAUCGAGCGCAAUGAAGUUGCAAAGACGCAAGUCUUGGCAGAUGGCGAUGUUGAAAUGGGCGAUGAGGAUAGUCCAACAAAUCACCAAGCAAAUGAGGACAGCCAAACACCGGUCGCCAAUGCGAACGAUAUGCAGUAGCAAGGCGGAGGACAGACUGCUCAAGAGACGGAAAGUACAGGGCAAAAGAACAGUGUGCAUAUCCCAGAGACUCAAGCUACAGAUGGCUCCGCCACUCUUGCAGCUCGGUCGGGGGAGGUUGUGUAAAAUACAAAAGUCGACUAUCCUGCUUCUUCCUGUGUCUGACGUCGAUCCACGAGAUGCCAGUGUUUCCAUCGCUAACUGAGACC